AUGUCUGAAUUCAGACAAAACUCUGAUGAGGACGAGUGUCCUGAGGACAUUGAUGAAGAUGAAAUCCUGGCAAACCUGUCCCCCGAGGAGCUCAAGGAGCUGCAGUCUGAGAUGGAAGUCAUGGCCCCAGACCCUGAAGUCCCAACUGGGAUGAUACAGAAGGAUCAGACAGAGAAACCCCCCACAGGGAGCUUCGACCACCGGUCCCUGGUUGACUACCUGUACUGGCAGAAGGCAUCUAGACGCAUGCUGGAGGAUGAGAGAGUUCCCGUCACCCUCUUGCCCUCUGAGAGAAGUGCUGCGGAGGAGACGGGAGGAGAGGUCGGUGGCGGCGGCGAGGCGGCCGGCGGGAGGGGGCCAGGAGCAGAGAGGAAGGAGAGGCAGUACCAAAAUGAGCACUUGUCCAGUUCAGGAACACUGCCUGAGCAUGCAAAGAAAGAUGGAAGCGAUAAGGAAAGAGGAGAAGAGGAGGAUGAGAAAGAAGAAGCGGAAGAGGGAGAUGAUGAGGAAGAGGAGGGAGAGAAUGAAGAGGAAGAUGAGACUGAAUUGGAAACCAAGAGGACUUGCACCAGUGAGAACCAUCCCAGGGAUGAGGCAAGUAAGAAGCCAGCUACAGAAUCGGGAGAAAUCACAGAAAAGCCAAACGAAAGGGAAAGGAAAAUCUCAAAAUUAAACAUCCCCAAAAAGUUGGCGCUGGAUACCAGCUUCAUGAAGCUCAGCGCCAGGCCAUCGGGAAAUCAAACCAACUUAGAAGACAGUUUGGAGAAAGUCCGAAAAAACAACCCAGAGGUGAAAGAGCUCAACCUGAACAACAUAGAAAACGUCCCCAAGGAGAUGCUGAUAGACUUUGUCAACGCCAUGAAGAAGAAUAAGAACAUCAAGACGUUCAGCUUGGCCAACGUGGGGGCCGACGACAACGUGGCGUUCGCGCUGGCCAACAUGCUGCGGGAGAACAGGAGCAUCACCACGCUGAACAUCGACUCCAACUGCAUCUCUGGCAAAGGGAUCAUUGCCAUCAUGAGGUGCCUGCAGUACAACGAGACGCUGACCGAGCUCCGCUUCCACAACCAGAGGAGCAUGCUGGGCCACCAGGCAGAAAUGGAGAUUGCCAGGCUGCUGAAAGCCAACGCCACCCUCCUGAAAAUGGGGUAUCACUUCGAACUGCCGGGGCCCAGGAUGGUGGUGACCAACUUGCUCAGCAGAAACCUGGACAAGCAGAGGCAAAAGAGGCAAGAGGAGCAAAGGCAGCAGCAAAUGAAAGAGCAGAGAGAGUUGAUAACCAUGCUGGAAAAUGGACUUGGGUUGCCUCCCGGGAUGUGGGAAAUGCUGGGGGGACCGCUGCCCCAGCCGAGGAUGCCCGAACCCCCCCAGCCCGCUGAGAAAACCAACCUCAAAGAUGUCAUCAAAACGCUGAAACCAAUUCCCAGGAGAAGACCACCUCCCCUCGUGGAGAUAACCCCGAGGGACCAGCUGCUGAACGACAUCCGUCAGAGCAACGUGGCCUACCUCAAGCCGGUGCCGUUGCCAAAGCAGCUGGAGUGA